AUGAAGAUAUACCACAUGAUUCAUUUGAAUCCUGUAAGCAGACCCAUCAGCUCGCAUGUUGGCAAGCCGAUGACCGCAGCGAUAUGGAUCCUUAUUGCGCUAGCUCUCUCCUACAGCUACCCUGCCAUUGCCACCGGAACAGAGGCAGACGCUCUUCGUCGCAGUGGAUGGUGGAUUGAUGCCAUCACGAGCAACACUUCCGCGUCACAUUGCACGUGGCCCGGCAUUUCGUGCGACCAUUCUGGUAGCGUCGCUGAAAUAAACAUACCACUGGGAAACUGCUAUGGCUGCUGGCUCAGAAGUAAUUUGAGCAGCAUGAAUUUCUCCCUGCUCCCGAAUCUCGCCUCUCUUCAGGUGCCUAAUAAUUUCCUCGUCGGCAUCAUUCCCCUUCAAAUAUGUGCAGUCCCAAAGCUCAGGCACCUCAACUUGUCGGAAAAUUACCUAACCGGUGAGUUACCUCUUUGUCUACAAAACCUCACCUUGCUAGAAGUUGUUGACAUUCAUAAUAAUCAAAUCACUAGUCCUAUCCCUCGUGAAUUGGGAAAUCUGAAGAAGCUUAUUCACCUAGAUCUUAGCUUCAAUUUCCUUGGUGGCCCUAUCCCUCCGGCUCUCGCGAAUUUGAGGAACUUGACUAAUCUCUAUUUGCAAGGAAAUGCCUUCAAUGGAUCUAUUCCUCAUGAAUUGGGAAAUCUGAAGAAGCUGAUUCACCUAGAUCUUAGCUUCAAUUCCCUUGAUGGCCCUAUCCCUCCGGCUCUCGCGAAUUUGAGGAACUUGACUAAUCUCUAUUUGCAAGGAAAUGCCUUCAAUGGAUCUAUUCCUCCCGGAAUAGGGAACUUGAGAAAAUUGGCAUAUCUGAGUAUGGAAGAGAACAAAUUCACUGGAUGUAUCCAAUGUAUAUAUUAA